CAUUGGUUCCGCUUCAACCACACACACCAUCACUUUCCUUCUUCUUCUUCUUCUCUCUGCAACACAUUCUCAUCCAUUCAUUUCAAUUUCAACCGCCACCAUUGUUUCUCUUUUAAUACCUCAUUCACUGUAACAAACAAACCUCUUCAUCAGUUUCGCAAUGGCCACUACACACAACUACUCGGUCUUCAGCUGCUUCAACAGGAAGUUCACCGUCGCCGAACCGGGUCCACCGCCCGACGUCCAACGAGCUUUCUCCGAUUUCGCCGCCGGCGAAUCCUUCAUGUCCGCCGAUCACCUCCUCCGUUUCCUGGUCGAGCACCAGGGCGAGGUUGGUUGCGAGCCAUCCGAUGUCCAACGGAUCCUCUCGGAAUUGCCUGAACUGCAUCACGAAACUGUGGAUUCACGUGGACUCACCCUUCGCCAGUUCUUCCAUUUCUUGUUCCUCCAUGAUUUCAAUGGCCCCUUGAAAUCCCAGGUACAUCAUGAUAUGAAUGCUCCAUUAUCACAUUAUUUUAUAUUUACUGGCCACAAUUCCUAUCUUACUGGGAAUCAACUGAGUAGUGACUGCAGUGAUGUGCCAAUCAUAGAGGCUUUGCAACGAGGUGUGCGAGUAAUUGAACUAGAUUUAUGGCCAAAUUCAACUGAAGAUGACAUCGAUGUACUUCAUGGAAGGACUCUUACCACUCCCGUCUCACUUCUUCAAUGUUUGAAGUCCAUAAAAGAGUAUGCUUUUGUUAAAUCUCAUUACCCACUCAUUAUAACUUUUGAAGAUCACCUUACUCCAGAUCUUCAAGCUAAAGUUGCAGAGAUGGUAACUCAAAUAUUUGGAGAAUUGCUUUACUAUCCUGAGGCAGAUUCUCUGAUGGAAUUCCCCACACCAGAAUCAUUGAAAGGUAGAAUUCUUAUAUCAACCAAACCACCAAAAGAAUAUCUUGAAUCCAAGCAAUGUGAUGACAAGGACAAUGAAAAGGAAUUAGCUGACAAAGAAUCAUCUUCCCCAGACCUUACUGAUGAACUAGAAACUGAUGACAAGUGUGCACCUGAAUAUAAACGCUUGAUUACAAUCCGUGCUGGAAAACCGAAGGGUGAUGUACAGGAUGAAUUAAAAGUUGUUGGUCAAGUUAGGCGCUUGAGCUUGAGCGAACAUGCACUUGAAAAGUGUUCCGAGUCUUACGGAGAUGAUAUUGUUAGGUUUACCCAGACGAAUAUUCUCAGAGUGUAUCCAAAGGGAACCCGCCUCGACUCCUCAAAUUACAAGCCACACAUAGGGUGGAUGUAUGGAGCUCAAAUGGUUGCAUUUAACAUGCAGGGGUAUGGCAAAUCACUCUGGUUCAUGCAAGGGAUGUUUAGAGCAAAUGGAGGGUGUGGUUAUGUGAAAAAGCCUGACUUUCUAAUUGAAAAAGGUCCACGUAAUGAGGUUUUUGAUCCUGAAAGAACAUUGCCAGUGAUGAAAACAUUAACGGUGAAAGUCUAUAUGGGAAGUGGUUGGUGCUCAGAUUUCAGCCAAACACACUUCGAUACGUACUCACCACCAGAUUUAUACGUAAAGGUUUGUAUUAUUGGAGUCCCUGCUGAUAUAGCCAAGAAGAAAACAGAGGAAAUUUCAAAUAAUUGGUUUCCUGUGUGGAAUGAGGAGUUUGAUUUCCCUUUGACUGUUCCAGAGCUGGCUCUGCUCCGUAUAGAUGUUCGAGAGCAUGAUAGCCAUGGAAAAGAUGAGUUAGGUGGACAGACGUGUUUGCCUGUCUCGGAGCUGAAAUCAGGAUUCCGAUCAGUCCCUCUGUAUGAUGAAAAGGGCGACCCAUUUAAAUCUGUGAAGCUUUUAAUGCGGUUUCGGUUUACAUGAAUUAUAGAAAUCUUCCAUAGAAGUAUCAUAUGAUCAUAUCAAUGGAUGAAUGAGACUAGAUAAUAUAUUAAGAGCCCGUUUGAAUGCGAAUCAAAUAACACUCAUUGGAGCCUUGCUUAUCUAGUGUUGUUUCUAGUAGAAAAGCUCCAAUAAGUGUUAUUGGUCCGUUGUUCGUAUCAAAGGUGCUCUGAUUCUUACCACCAUACUUAUAUCAUAAGUGAACUGUCAUAUUAAGGAGUGAGUCUGUUUACACGGAUUUUUGGUAAA